ACUGACAAAAGAGGGAAGAGAAGAUAAUCUUAUUUAUUAUUCAGUAUGGGCUAUCUCUGCUUUUUGUUGUACAUCAUAACAAACAAGAACAAGAUAGAAAGAAAUUAAAAAAAGUAAACAAAUAAUUCUCUUGAAUCAACCAUGACUACCAUUGCCGUUUCUGCUUCACUGCAAAGAGCCUGCAGCUCAAACAAUGUCACCAAAAAGCAACAAUCUCAGAUAAGAACUGCUCGCUCUAUUGGAACAAAGCAAAAGUCAAAUGUAGUUACUUUAAACGUGGAGGGCGACGUAGUUGGGCAACAAGGGAAGUCUUCUUUUCAAAUGGGUAGAUACUUGGAGCAUAGCUCAGAGACAGAAUCUCCCGCUCCAAAAUUCCUGGAUGAGCGUUGGAAGAAUGGCACAUGGGACUUAAACAUGUUUGUUAAGGACGGGAAGAUGGAUUGGGAUGGACUGAUUGUCGCAGAAGCAAGAAGGAGAAGGUUUCUUGAAAUUUAUCCAGAAUCAGCAACAAAUAAAGAACCAGUAGUGUUUAGGAGCUCAAUCAUACCUUGGUGGGCAUGGCUUAGGAGAACAUAUCUCCCAGAAGCUGAGCUACUCAAUGGUCAGAAUUUAUCUUUUUUUAUCAGGAACUUGCAACAUCCAAAUUUUAUUAAACGAAUUAAUGUUGCAGGUCGAGCAGCAAUGGUGGGAUUCUUGAUGACAUACAUUGUAGACGCAUUGACUGAGCUAGGCGUGGUUGGACAAACUGGGAAUUUGGUGUGCAAAGCAGGAGUGUUUUUGACGGUAGUUGGUGUCAUACAGUUGAGGCGAACCGACGAUUUCAACGACCUCAAAAACUUGGCUGACGAAGCCACUUUGUAUGACAAGCAAUGGCGAGCCUCUUGGCAACACCAAAAUUCCGAUAGUGGAAACAAAAUUUAGUUGCCAUAAAAUUCAUUGUAUUCACUGUGUCUUAGUAUGUUUUCACACAUACAUUCAACAGGUUUCUAAUCUCUGUUAAUUGAAUUAAAUUUUAUUUUUUUGGGUCUUAA